CCUGCCUCUGCCUCCCGAGUGCUGGGAUUAAAGGCGUGCGCCACCACCGCCCGGCGUAAAUACCAUUUUCUAAAUGAUGCUGAAACCCCCAAAUAUAACAUCUUUCCAUAAUGAUCUGCUUAGAGGACCCUGCUAAAUUUCUCACUUUGAAUCUAUUCUCCUGAAGGAAUAUUCUCUAAAUCAUGUUAUGUGUAAAUAACAACAGUUUUAUUACCUAUUUUCCAGUUCUUACUCAUGACUUUGUUCUCCUUGCCUUCAUUUAUGAAUAUGACUUCCAGUACAAUAUUCAGGAGCAGUGUGUUGUGGGCAUCUGUCUCUUUUAUUAAGUCAAGGAAAGUUUUCAGUAAUUCUCCAGUUAUGUAUAAUGUUUUCUGUAGCUUUUCAAAUAUUCUUUAUCAAAUCAAGGAAAUUUUAGCAAGAAUUGGUGUUAAUUAAAAAAAAUCUUCUGAAAUUUUAAAUUUAAUCUUUUCAUACUGGGUGCUAAGUAUUAAGUAUAUUUCCUGCCUCUAUUUAGAUGGUCAUAUUUUUUCUUGUUUGUUCAAUCAAUGUACCGAGUUGCAUGAGAAUGUAAGAUAAUAAAUCCACUGUGAAUUCCUAGGAAAUGUAUAAUUCAUUUGUGAUGUUGGAUCCAACACUUUAAUUAGAUUUAUUAGAUUCAGUUUGCUGAUAUUGUGUUUGGUACUUAUGCAACUUUUGCAUAAAUAUAUUGAGUGGUCAGGUCUUAAUUAGAUUUUAGAAUGGUGAUUGUUCCAGCUUCCUCAAUUAAAACAGAAGCAAAUCCACAUUUCCAUCUCAUUAACGGAACAGGCGCCCUCAAUGCUCUUGGAGUUACAGGGGUUUGGGGAGUUUGUACUAAGAAUCUGGAACAAAGACCAGAUUGUUCAUUACACACACACACACAUGCAUGCACACACACAUGCACACACACACAUAUACACACACAUGCACACACACACAUACACACGCAUGCAUGUACACAUGCACACACACAUGUACACACGCAUGCACGCACAUACACAUGCACACACACAUGCACACACGCAACACGCACACGUUCUCUCUCUCUCCAAAGGAAUAGUGACUAAAGUUAAGAAAUUGGCUCUCAGCUGGGCCGCGGUGGUGCACGCCUUUAAUCCCAGCACUUGAGAAGCAGAGACAAAGGGAUCUCUGUGAGUUCAAGGCCUCUGGUCUACAGAGUGAGUUCCAGGACAGGCUCCAAGGCUACACAGAGAAAUCCUAUCUCAAACACCAAAACCAAACCAAACCAACCAAACAGAAAAACCUCUCACAUCUCCUCUGAAACUCAUAGACAAACUUGGGUAAGAGUUAAUAUUAUUGUCCCCAGUCCAAAAUCUGCAGGACAGGACAGGCUAGUAAAAUAGGUAACUUCUGUGUGCUUCCGUUUUGUGGAAGGAUUUGUUCCUCUUCAGGGUGUUCUAGUCUCUGUUCUCAAAGCCUUCAGCUGAUUGGGUGAUGCCCACUCGCAGUAUGGAAAGCAAUCUGCUUCAAAGUGUACUGAUUCUAAAUGUUAAUCAUAUGUAAAAUUACUGUCAAAGAAAUGUUCUGGACUAAUAUAUGACCAAACAACUAGGCUCCAUAGCCUGGCCAAGUCGACAUAAGAAUUAACCAGUACACUCCUUUCUCUUGCUUCGAUUUAUUAUUAUCAUUCAGGAGGUGGUGGCACACACCUUUAAUCCCAGCACUUGGGAGGCAGAGAUAGGUGGAUCUCUGUGAGUCUGAGGCCAGCCUGGUCUACAGUGAGUUCCAGGACAGGUCCAAAGCUACACAGAGAAACACUGACUCAAAAAACCAAAAAAAAAAAAAAAGACUUCUCGUUAUCAUUAUCAUUUUUAAAAGUGUGUGUGUGUAUACAAAAUUGUGUCUGUGUGAUUGUGAGUCUGAACAUGAGCACAGGAACCAGCAGAAGCCAGAGGUGCCGGACCCCCUGGAGUGGAGCUACAGGCAAUUGUGAGCGUUUGCUGUGUGUGCUGGGAGUCAAACCUGGGUCCUCUGCAAGAGCUGCGCUGUGACUGCUGAACCAUCUUUCCAAACCCGGUUCUUUCUCUUCUUCUUUUCUAUUUGUUUUUUUUAAAGACUUAUUUUUUUAAAUUAUGUAUGCAACAUUCCUUCCAUGUGUGUCUGCAGGCCAGAAGAGGGCACCAGAUCUCAUUAUAGAUGCGCUGAGCCACCAUGUGGUUGCUGGGAAUUGAACUCAGGACUUCUGGAAGGACAGCCAGUGCUCUUAACCACUGAGCCAUCUCUCCAGCCCCCUUCUUUUCUAUUUGUAAAGAGUUUCAUGACUUAAGUAGUUCUUACAUUUAGGUUUUUACUCCAUCUCAAGUUCGUUUUUAAAUAGGAUAUGAGUAAAGGCCCAAUUUCAUUCCUUUCCACGUGGUUAUGCAGUUGUCCCAGCACCAUUUGUUGAAGGUUCUUUUUUUUUUUUUAUUGAAUGGUCAUGGAGUCUCUAUAGAGAACCAGCUGAUUUUUAAUAUUAGAUUCUUAAACCACAACUAUUUUUGAGCACUGUAGUUUUGUUUUGUACACAGUUUUUCUUUUUCUUUGUUUUGCUUUGUUUUUCAAGACAGGGUUUCCCUGUGCAGCCCUGCUGUCCUGGAGCUCAUUCUGUAGACCAGGCUGGUCUCGAACUCACAGAGAUCUGCCUGCCUCUGCCUCCCGAGUGCUGGGAUCAAAGGUUUAUGCCACCACCACCCAGCUCUGUACAAAGUUUUAAAAUCAGAACAUAUGGGCCUUCCAACUCUUCUUUUUCAAGAUUGUUUUGGCUCCUGAGGGACCUUUGUAAUUCCACAGGGAUUUUUAGGACAGAGUUGUCAUUUAUACAAAAGAGGGGCUUGGAUAGGAAUUGUGUAGUAUCCCUAUAGAAUCUAUAGAUUGUGUUGGUAAUAUCAUUUUAGCAUCAAACCUUCCAAUCAUGAACAAAGAAUGUCUUAAUUACUAUUUACUUUCUACAACAAUGUUUUGUAGUUUUCUAUCUCAUGACAUAGCUACCUCCUAAAGACCCCACCUACUGACACUAUUACCUUGGGGUCAGGGUUUCUGCAUAUCAAGUUGGGGGAUAGCUGGAUCCAGUGUGUGUCGGGGGAAGUUCCCUGGUAUUUCUAAUUUGUUGGAUGUUUGUUUUUAUUUUUCUGCACCAGUGAGAUGACAUGACAGUUUCCUACUUAUGCAGUAGUAUGGUGUAAUGUAUUGAUCCUUGUGUUAUGUUUAAAUAGCUAUGCGUUAUUUUAAAAAUCAUCUUCAUGGUGUAUCUCUGUUGUAUAUGGCAUUGUUCCAUAAGAAUAAUUUCACAGAGUAAGUGUUGUAUAUUGAGCACAAUCCCCCUUUCCUCCCCACUCAUCUUCACUGUCUCCCCAUUGGUUUCAUUUACUCUUGCAGGUAAUUACAUUUCUGCUUUAGGGGCAUGGUUACGCUUAUGAUUUUUUGUAUCUAUAUAAAAUCUAGGAACUACAAAUGAGAAAGAUCAUGUGGUGCUGGUCCUUCUGAGGCUGGCUUAGCUGGCUUCAGAUGAGCCCCAGUUGCAUCCCUUUUCCUGAAAACUGUGUAACUUCUUCAUGACAGAAAAAAAAUCCAUUGAGUAUACGGACAUAUUUAACGCCCAUUCCUCUGCGGCUGCUCACAUAUGGCUCCAUAACUUAGUUGUUAUGAAUGGUGAUUGCGGUAAACGCUGAUGUGCAAGUGUCUCUGUCACAUCAAACAUCCAUACAUUGUUUGAAUAAAUUCCAAAUAUUUAUAUUCAUCAUCAUUCUGUAAGAUCUCGCCUACCCAGUUAGGUGUACUAUGUUUACGUUCAAUAGCAAUUUCUCUGCCCUAUCUUACAUUUUUGAGUAGUUUUGCAAAGUUUAAGUCAGGAUGGGCGGUUGUUUUCUUUUAGCACAUUGGAGAAUUUAUUCUGCUAUUUUCUGAUGCCUGAUGUUUCUGAAAACACACCAGCUCUUCACCUCACUAUUCAUGUGGCUAUGAUAGCUCUUUUAUUUGGGGACAAGUAUUAGAAUUCUUUCUCUUCCGCUUCCAGCAGUUUUGAAUGUACUUAACUCAGCUGUUCUUCGGCGUCUGCCGUCACGGCUCUUACACGGCAGUGCUUCUCAGUUCUCACAAGUUCCUAGUUAUUAAGUCCAAGGACAGACUGCUUCAAAGCAGUUUUCAGAGCUGCAGAGAUCAGUAAAGCACUUGCUUGGCAAACAUGAGGACCCGACUUUGAUCCUAGAAUUAUGUAAGACAUCUCUGUUCAGCGGCACACACUUGUAACCUCAGCACUGGGGUUGGGGGUAGAGACAGGUACACCCUUGGGGCUCCCUGCCCAGUUAGUUUAUAAACUUCUUAGCAAUGAGAGGCCUUGUCUCAAAAAUCAAGGUGGAUGGUACCAGAGGAAUGACACCAAGGCUGACUUCAGGCUUCCAUGUGCACCCGCCACAUAGGCAGACACACCCUGUACACCACAGGGACAUGCAUACCCAGGCGCAAACAUACAUAAAAAUAAAGCAGGUUUCAGAGUCUUGGAAAACUGAACAGAAAAUACUGAUUUUCUAUGUAGUUCAGUGUUACUGAUCUUCAAGUAAUGUCUUGCUACAUUCUUGCUGCCCUUGCCUCUGGGGCUCUUAUUGCUGUAUCUCCUAUGCUCGUUGGCUCCAUUUGCCUUCAAGGAUGGCACCAUCAAUCCAGAAACACUUUAUAAUUCACGGUUUGAAGGUAGUUUGAGGAGCACUCAGAUAAUGUGAACGCGACCUGUCUUAAGUCUCCUAAGAUAAGCAUGCUUGUGAAGGAGUUUGUAGACUAUGUUAUUGAAGUGGGAAGACCCACUCUAAAUGUGGGCAGCAUGGCUCCAGGGACUUUGGUGUCAACGAGCUGACCGCCACUCAUCUCUCUCUGACUAGGGCUGGAAUGUGACCAGCUAAGGCCCGCCUUCCCCACCGUGAUGGUCUGGCCCUCAAAAUACACCGUUCCUUCCUCUUUCCUCAGUCCGCUUUAGUGCAGUUGACGCAGCAAUAGAAGUAACUGAUAGAAACUGAGAAUCAUCUGCUGCAACUUUUCAGUGUGAAGCCGAAUCCGCUGACAGUUUCCAGGGCCUAGGAAUGUGUGGUAAAUUUGUCAUUGAGUGCUUCUAAAUGAGCAUGUGGGGUGACUUCUGCUGGAUUAAAAAUGAUAUCAAUUGGUGAGAUGGCUUAGUGAUUGAGGGCACUUGCUGUUCUUGCAGAGGACCCAGGUUCAAUUCCCAGAAUCCAUAGAGAUUUCACCAUCUGUAACUCUAGUUCCAGGGAACCUGACACCAACUUCUGGACUCAGAAGAGCACCAGGCAUGUGAUGGCGCAAGUCAUAAACAAUCCCACACCAGUUUGGAAUUGUGAUUAAUAGGGUGGUAUUUAUUUAAAGGGGAAUAAACUUACAGAUCACCGUCCCAGACAACAGCCCUCUGCGCACGCAAUUAGGAAGAAGUCUAGUCGCCAGAACUGGAGCAGGAAGUAGAGAGAGGAGGGAAGUAGCUGCUUUUUUUAAAGGGAAAGAGACCACGCCCCAAUGGGCUGGUAUCUCGGCGGCUAUUGGCUGGAGGAGCAGAAGGACCUCCCGCAACAGGCAUGCAUAUGGUUCACAUACAUACAAGUAAACACUCAUACACAUAAGAAAAUGUUAUUAGCAAAUAUAUAUUUAUGAAGCAUAAUAUGUUUUGCUUCGUGCAUUGCAUAAUAAUUAAAUCAAGCUAGUUAACACACUUUUCAGAUUUUUUUCAUGUGUAUGAUAAGAAAUUUAAGAUCUAUCCUUUUAGCAAUUACAGUUUUUAAGAAGUUUUCUUUCAGCCGGGAGGUGAUGGCACACACCCUCAAUCCCAGCACUCUGGAGGCAGAGGCAGGGGGAUCUCUGUGAGUUUGAGGCCAGCCUGGUCUACAAAGCAAGUUCCAGGACAGCCAAGACUGUUGUACAGAGAAAUCCUGUCUCGAAAACAAACAAACAAAAAAGUUUCUUUAAUUAGUUCAUUGCCCAAGAUUGUAGGGCUUUAAAAAAAAAACACAUAUUUUCUCUGUUCCAGUCUUCCACACCUGAAUUCUUUAAAAUUUGCAGUAGUAGUCGGUGGGGUAUUGGGGAGCUGUAUGCCUUUAGUCCCAGCACUCAGAGGCAGAGGCAGGCAGAUCUCUUAAGUUUGAGGCCAGCCUGGUCUACAGAGUGAGUUCCAGGACAGUCAGGAACCCUUCUCUCUCGGAAAAAAAAAGAAAGAAAAAACAAAAAGAAAAAAAGAAAACAACAACAAAAAAUUCACAUUGUUUUUCACAUUUGAAUUUUUUCUUAAAAAAAUAAGAAUUGUUUUAUUUUCUGUGUAUGAGAUUUUUGCCUGCCUGUGUACAUGACAACACAUGUUGCCUGGUUUUUUCAGCAGUCAUAAGACAGCAUCAAGUCCCUUGAAACUGGAGUUACAGUUAGAAGACACAGUGUGGGUGCUGGGAACCAAACCUGGGUCCUCUCCAAGAGCAACCAGCGCUCUUAACUCUUGAGCCACCUCUCCAGCACCCCACAUUUGAAUUCGCAGUCCUCUUAGCGUCCAUCUCCGCAUCCCAUAUUGAGAAAUGAUACACUUUUAUUUUUCUCUUUGUUAUUUGCCACUGUCUUAGCUCCUUUCCUGUCCCCUGACUGCUCUAACAGAAGUGACUUAAUUGGGGAAAAGGUUCAGUUCUGCUCAGUCUCCCAAGGUUAUGGUCCACUGGGGAAAUCGUGGGCAUGGGAGCUUAGGGUAGCGGUAACAUUGCUUCUGCAGUAAAGAAGAGAUCAGCGAGGAAUCCAGACUGCAACUCGCUUCUCUUUCCCCAUGGACACAGUCUGGGUUCCCAGAGAAGGGCGCCUUGUUUCCUCUGAGCAUGUGACACUUUGAUAACUUUUUUUUUUUUUAAUAAGGUCUUAGUUAUUUUAUACAGGGCAUUCUUUGUCCCAACUCUUUUGCUAACCCAGAUUAGUGACUUAGGAUUUCAGGGUGGCCUCUGAGGUUUCACUGUUGCUCCUCGGGUUUUUGUUUUGUUUUGUUCCCAUACUGGAUUUCUCACUCUUUGACACGUGAUAAUCAAUUCAACCCGAACCUGUAAAAUUAAAAGAACUUACUUGAGUCCUAUAAGUAGCAAUCCAAGAAGCAUAGGUCCUGGAGCCUUUGGAUCCAUGUUCUAGAGAAGACGGGGAAAGUAGGGAUUUGUAUGGGCAAGCAGCACUGACUGUUGAAUGCUGGGUAAGAACAGGAUCCAUGUAACCAAUAGAAGACAAAGAAUAAGAAUCUGCAUACUAGUAACAUGUCCAUAAAACCAAGUUUCUUGCCUGAAAAGCCACUGACUCUUUGAUAUCUACCCCAAAUGGCAAUUCUUCCAUUCUUUCUUAAGAAAUUAAUCGUGGUCUUCUGUGUUCACUGAUAUCUUUCUUUCUUUUCUGUUUCUUUUCUCUCCUUCUUCUUUUUUUGAGACAGUGUUCUCUGUGUAGCCCUGGCUAUCCUGGAGCUUACUCUGUAGACCAGGCUGGCCUUGAACUCAUAGAGAUCCACCUGCCUCUGCCUCCUAAGUGCUGGAAUUAAAGGUGUGCGCCACCACAGCUCGGCUGAUAUAUUUCUAUGACGUUUACCCCACCCCAUCUUUGUUUCUAUAUUUAAAAAAGAAAACAAACUAUCUCCCUUCAUUACACACACCAAUCCAAAUUCCCACUCCCUCCCUUCCUCUCACUCCAUCCACACACCUCCCACCUUACCCCACCCAUCCUCAGAGAGGUUAAGGCACAUUGCUUUGGGGAAGGUCCAUGGCCCUCUCUACUAUAUCUGGGUUGAUCAAGGUAUCCAUCCAAAGAGAGUAGGUUCCCAAAAAGCCAGUGCAUGCAGUAGGGCCAGUGGUCCCGCAAUCUGCCCCAGCCAUACAAUUGUCACCCACAUUCAGAGGGACUAGUUUGAUCCUAUGCUUGUUCCUUCCCAGUUUAGCUGGAGUUGGUGAGCUCCCAUUAGCUCAGGUAGACUGUUUCAGUGGGUGAACCCAUCGUGAUCUUGACCUCUUUGCUCAUAUUCUCAUUCCUUCCACUCUUCAACUGGACUUUGGGAGCUCAGUCCAGUGCUCCAAAGUGGGUCUCUGCCUCUGUUUCCAUCAGUUGCUGAAUGAAGGUUCUAUGUUGACAUUUAAGAUAUUCAUCAGUCUGACUACAGGGCAAAUUAAGAUUGGGCUCCCUCUCCUUUAUUGCUUAGGGUCUUAGCUGGGGUCAUCCUUGUGAAUUCCUAUAUCUAGAGCCAUGUUUCUUGUUAACCCCAUAAUGGCUCCCUCAAUCAAGCUAUCUCUUUCCUUGCUCUCAUCUCUGUCCUUCCUCCAUCUCGACUAUCCCAUUCCCUCAAGUUCUCCUCACUCCUCUCCUUCUCCCCUAGCCUUUCCUUCUCCCCUCCCUUCUCCAUCCACCCCGUGCUCCCAAUUUUGUCAGGUGAUCUUGUCUAUUUUGACUUUCCAGGUGGAUCUAUAUGUGUUUUUCUUAGAGUUCACUUUAUUACUUAGCUUCUCUAGGAUCAUGAAUUAUAGGCUCAAUGGCCUUUGUUUAUAGCUAGUAUUCGCUUAUGAGUGAGUACAUACCAUAUUCCUCUUUUUGGGUCUGGGUUACCUCAAAAAGAUGCUCAAUCAUACUACAAGGGCAUUUGUUCAACUAUGUUCAUAGCAGCAUUAUUUGUAAUAGCCAGAAUCUGGAAGCAACCUAGAUGGCCCACAACUGAAGAAUGGAUAAAGAAAAUGUGGCACAUUUACACAUUAGAGUACUAUUCAGCAGUAAAAAAUAAUGACAUCUUGAAUUUUGCAUACAAAUGGAUGGAAUUAGAAAACACUAUCCUGAGUGAGGUACCCCAUUUUUUAAAAAUUACAUUUGUAAGCACUCAGGAGGCAGAAGUGGGACCCCUGUGAGUUCCAUAUCAGCUUGAUCGACAGAGCGAGUUCCAGGACAGCCAGGUUUCUCAGAGGAACCUUGUCUCGACAAACAAAAACAAAACAAAAUGAAAAUUAUAUAUAUAUAUAUAUAUAUAUAUAUAUUUGUGUGUGUGUGUACAUGUGUGCAUAGGGCAUGGGGCCAGGGGCAUGUGGAAGUAGAGGACAACCUGAAAGAGUCUUUUCAUGUACCAUACUGGUCAUAGGGAUUGAACAUAGGUUGCCAAGGCUUGGCCACAGGUAUCUUUAGCCACUGAGUCGUUUUGCUGGCUCCCACAUGGCAUCUUACCUGUUUGGUUGGCUAUUUUCCUUACGAAUGCAAGUCUCGGACUCAUAUUUAUCUCUAGAGUCUCAGUAGUACACACAAUAAUCUAGGACUAAUUUGUAUGUGUGCACAUCCAUGUACAAAUGCCCAUGGCACGCGUGUGGAGGUGAAGACGACUUGUGGAAAUUGCUUUUCUUCUUUUACUCUGUGGGCUCCAGAGAUGGAACUCAGGUCAUUAGGCUUGGUGUCAAACACCUGUGCCUACAGGGCCAUCUUGCUGGUCCCUUAGUAUAUUUAAUAAAUUAUUCACACGUAAUUUGAUGAGAUGGUAACUAAUAAUAUGGUUACAGAUGACAACCGUGUUGAUGCCUGAUAUGAAAUGUGUCAAUAUCCCAUAGAUAAGGUGAGAAGUGUUGUCCAUAAAACCCCCAAUCUAGAGCAUAAACCUGACUUUGUUUCUUUUUGUGUGUUUCUCUAGAUUUCCAAGCAACAGGAUCUAAAACAAAUCAGGAAUCUCACCGGUCAGAAUGAUUCUCUCCCUUACUGAUCAGCUCAAGGCUGGUGACUGAUCAACCGUGGGCCAUGCUUUCAAACUCUAGUCUUGAACAGCGGGUGGAAGAAAGUGGAAAAAGAGGGUGUUCCUGGAGAGUACCCCCAUCUUUCUGACAAAUUCACUUCCAAAGUCAUGCAGACAGCUCCAUAAUUCCUACAUUGUUUGCUUUCCUCGUGCUUCUCUGUCCCAUACAUUUUCAUGGAAAGCCCAAAAUAUGGGAAAGGAGAAUGGGCAAAAGUUAACUACCAAGAGUUUGGUGAGGGAGGUCCAUCUCCUUUAUUAUUCCGCUACCACGGAUGUGGAUGUGGGGUAGACAUCUUUAAAGGAAAAGAUGUAUUGGGAAUCUCUGUGUCCCUCACUACUGCAUUCCGGGGUCACUUCUACUACAUGAUGAAGACAGUAUAGUUUGCUUGCAAAACAAAACUUGAUAGCUGGGCCGUAUCACUCAUCAGUUUCACGAUGUGACUUCAUCUUUGCUCCCCUAAUUGUUAGAUGAUGUCAGUAGUCACUAUGCUCACGGUCUCUUUACUCCUGUUACAGUUUCACAGCUGAAAAAAGCUGGAAUGAUGAAUGUCAUUGAAGCUGAUCUAACAUGUAUUUCAGGACUUUCUAUGGGCUGGAGCGAGGAAUGUGUAUUCUCGUCAAUAGACAGGAGUCUUCAACAGAUCCUCCAACAUCUGGAAAAUGCAAGGUCAACACUUAUAAGUCUACAAGACUCGCAAGAUUUAUCUUCCUCCUCUGUCUCUGACAUUGUGGGUCGGGAGGCUAUCCCACCUUCUUGCUACUGUACGACGGGAAACCGUUCUUAUGACUCCAGCAUGUCCUCUGUAUCAUCCAGUGACAGCUCGAACCCAUCUUAUCGUCCAGUCUUUCCUGGAGGAGCAACGUGGCAAUUCCACAGCCAUAGCUUACCUGCUUUCUCCCGAAAGGAACCGCCCGCUCCCAGGAGCCAGGGCUCAUCCCUGCCGACUUUUCAGCAGGCAGAUCUUAAGAAAUCAGAUCUUUUUCAAAAUCUGGCAGCUCUUCCUCCCUUAAAAACUCAACGCUUUUUUAUUAAUUCAGUUUUAGAAAACCUAGAUUCUUGCAAACAAGAGAAUACAAGAAAUAAGAGAAAGAAUCAUUUGGCCCAAUCAGAUCUUGGGCCAAAUUCUGUUUUGAAUGAGAGCCCAGGCCCCCCCCUAGUACGGGCUCCACUCCAGCUCUCUCCUUUAGUCAGAGGAGAACUGGAAGGACACAUGUCUCAUAAGGUUUCUACUUUGCGGGCACAAGUGGUGCCUCUGCCUGUGAAGAAAUCCUGGGAAAUACUCAAUCAUUUCAUGGAUGGACAAGGAGUCCCUGAACAAGGGCUCCCCAAAACUCAGUUACCUACACUCCUCCCUCAGAGGGCUGAGCAAAAUACCAACCGAUCUUCAGAUGCUCCAUCGUUUCAUGUCCAUGUAAACAUUGGGGUGAAUUCUGAAUUAAGCAGGACGGAAGUGUCACAGCCGCUGACCUCAAACAAGCAGUUAGAGUCUGUUAAUGACCGCCAGGUUCUUAGCUACAACCCUGUAGUUAUAUCAAUGGGCACUCCAGCUCCCAUUAACAUAGUUCGGGAAGAAAAAGCUUUACUGAAAAAGGAUCCAAGACAUGUGUUAGAGCUGAAUAUAGAUCAGAGGGUCCUAGGUCUUCCAGAAAAAAGGAUACAGCCACAAAGGGCACAAGUAACUGACAUGGAACUGACAGCCCAGGUACCACGCUCAGCCACGGACAGCGUAAAGGUUACUCCAGUGGCAUUGCUUCAGGUUAUGGGCUUGAUGGGAAUGAUCCCAGAAUCACACGCGCAGGUGAUAGACAGCGUGGGGUUUCCCCCGCAGCCACCAAAUCAAGCAGAAACAGUGAGUCUAACUCCCCGGCCAUCAGACCAACCAAAAACAGUAACAAGUCUUCAGCAUUCAGCUACGGAAUCAAAGAGUAUGGCCUCAAGACUGAGUCCAGUCACAGAUAAAAUGAAGGUAACUCCUGUGGAAUUGCUUCGCAUCAUGGAUUCCAUGGGGCUGAUUGAUGAAUUAUACCCACAUGUCAUAGAACCAGCAGCAAUAGCCCCAAAGCCACAAUACCAAGUCAAGGAGUCGCCAAAGGUGGAUACAUUGCAUGGCCACCAAGCCAUACGACCAGAAGAUAAGAGUCUAGGGCUACAGCAAUCAGUUCUGGGAACUGUGGAAGUGAUCCCCCAGCCUCAGCAUAAAGUCAUGGGAACACCGAACACUACCUUGGGGCCACAGAAUCAAGCCCCAGAACACAUUGGGAUUGCUCCUGGUCCAAUACAUGAAAAUAUAUUGGAAAUUAGCUCAAGUGCACUUCCUAAAGCCAUUGAUUAUACAAAAGCGACCCCAGUGGCACAACAAACCAUGGAUUUCAUGCAGGAAAUUCCACCAGGACAGCCACACAUUACAGAACCUCGGGCUUUGAUCCAAACUGAAAAUUUGACCCCACUGCCAACUCAGCCAGACGUUCUGACUUCUGCUGUCCCAAGAGGAGCAGCAGAAUCUCGAGGCAUACCUCCACAGCUACCGUCUACAGCCCUAGCGUCAUCAGGAGUGAUUCUGCUACCAGCAGGUCAGUCCCUGCAUGCUCUAAAGGUGACCCCGAUAGUACAGGCGCCACCUGGGGUGGGAAUGAUGCCACCACUCCAAGUUGUAGAGCCUCCUGGUUUGACUCCACAGCCAGAGUUACAGAACGUAAAACCUGAGCCCUUAAUCCCAGAUCCAAGAUUGCCAAAUAUGAAAUCUGUGGACAUAGCCAUGGAUUUAGUCCCAGAAAAGGUAAAAUAUGGACCACCGACCUCAAGAGCAGUAUCUACAGAUUUGACCCUAGAAUUGCAUCAGCUGACUAUGCAGUUUGAGGAAUUAACCCACAUGCCACAAUUGCAAAGUGAGGAAUCUGUGCCAUCGGCUCCUGAAUCUCAACUUCAAGAUGUGAAAUCUGGCCAAGUGAUAGUUGAAGCACAACUCCAAAACAUACAGGCUGCUGGGCUGGCCCCAGGUCCACAGGGGCAAAGUGAUACGUCAGUACAUUUGACCCCUGGUUCACAGACUCAAGGUAUGCAAGGGGUUGUUCAUUCAGCCCUAUCGCAGGAGUUACAAGGAGAUUCAAAAAUGGUGGAGUUGGCUCCAAGACCAUCACUUGAAGACAAGAAAUCUGCGAACUUGACCCGAAAACCAUAUUCACAAAGCACCAGCUUUGAGAAGACAGCCCAUGUGCCAUUGCUCGAAGAUAGAAAGACUCUGUUGGUAGAAGGUAGGAGUUUAAUUCCCGAGGCACUGGUGGAAAGUGUGAAUCUUAGUGAAUUGGUCCCAAGCACACACCUUUGUGCGGUAAAACCCUUAGAAGUGAACCCCGACCCAAGUUAUCAUUUCCUGGAACCUGCAGAAUUGGCCCUGCGGCGUCAAGCCCCAGAAGAAAGAGUGGGCUCUGACAUUUGUCAUCAGGUGGAAGAAUCUGUUGAGCUGACACAAUCAUCAUUAGGAAUGAGGCUGAUACCACUGCGCCAAACCUCAGACUCUAUGGAGAUGUACUCACCACCACUCCAAGAAACUCUUGAAACUAGGAACCAGGUUGUAAAAGAGAUGGAAGAGACUCCAGAAUCACAAAAUGCAAUUAAAGAUGCUCCGGAUUUGCUACCAGACUCAGAAGUGCAGAAUAUGAACUCAGCGGUGAUGGCCCCAGAAUCACAGCCCUCAGAUGGGAAGUUUCUUCAUGGGACUCUAGAAACUUGUUCAGAAGUUACUAACUUAUCAGAAAUAACUCUAAAACCAGAGUACGAAGACAGAGAGACUAUCAGAUUAACAUUUCCUAAAGUUGAUGAUACUCAGGGGGCCAUGAUAGAACCAUAUUCAGAAAUGGGAUCUCUGGAGUUGGGUCUAGAACCAGAAGUGCAAGGUGAGAAAUCGGAGUCCUUGGCUCAACACUUGCAGUCUGUGGAAGUAAUUGGUGAACCACCUGUACUAGCUGCAGAGCCCAUCGCACUAACUACAGGACCCAAACCACACAUUAAAGAUGUGAUCCCAGGGCCCCAGCUCGAAGUCAAACUUAGGCAAAUGGAUACAGAAUCACAGUUGCAAAAUGAGGAAUCUGUAAAUGUAACACGACAGUUGUCUCUAGGAGAGGUAGGUCCUGAAAAGACAAAGCCAGAGUCAGGGCCACAGAGUCCAUCCCCGAAGGAACUGAUUGAGGAGACACAGCCCCUGAAAGUGAAAUCUGUGCAUUUAAAUCUAGGUCCACAGCAGCUAAGUAUCAAAUCUGGGUUGAUUCCAGGGCCACAACUGCAAAGUGUCAGAUUUCCAACGUUCUACCAAGGGGGAAAACGAGGAAAUUUCAUCUCAGGCCCCCCACGUUAUGGUGUGAAAUCUGAUGAGGCACUCUCACGUUCCCCAGUACCAGAAAUCAGAUCAUCAGAUUAUAUCCCGGGGCCAAAUCUUCCAGAAGCAAAACUGCAACAUGUGAAGCCUGUGGAAGUAAAUGUAGGACCAUGCUUGCAAGCUGUGAAAUUCUCUGAUCUGACCCCUAAGCCCAAGCACCAAGGUUUCAGAUGUACACAGGUCAUACCAGGUAUUCACUUUCAAGAUAGGAAGUCUCAGGGACUUUUGCCAGAAUCAUUUUUGCCAUUAAGCCAAGAGCCACAGGUUGAAGAUAGGAAGCUUGUUCUACCUGUGGAAGUAUCAGAGUUUCAUAGCAGGAAACACACAAUACCAGCCUCUGAACUACAGUAUCCAAGCGUGAUAUCUGAGGAGGUAAUCCCGGAACUGCGGCAACAAGAUACCAAAUUUUCUGAGUUAGCUUCUAGGCUAAGACUUCAAGGGGUCAAAUUUGGGGAGCAAACUCCAGGACCAUUGUUUCACGGUAUGCAUUCUAUGAUUCCAAAGUUGGGGAUACAUAAUCCAAAGCUAGCGAAGAUGACCCCAGAGCUGAACGAUACAAAGCAGGUGAGUUUUAACUCGGGGCCGUGCCUGCAAAAUGUCAAACUUUUUGAUGGAACAUCAGGAACUCAAUCUGAAGGUGUGACGACUUCAGAGUUACACUCGGGGCUACAGUUGGAGUGUGUAAAAAUGUUUGAGUUUACCACACAGCCAGAGAGGCAAGGGAUGAAGCCAGAGUUAAUAAUACAGGAGACGCUGUUUGAAGACAGGGCAUAUGUCACAAGGAAUCAAGCACCAAGCUUUGAAGAUGAGAUGUCUUAUAAACUACCAUCUGAGCCACAAAUACCAACGGCAGAAUCAGUGAGAUUGACUCCCAGGAUACAGCUAGCAAGUGUAGAUCAUUCUGAGUUGGUUGGAAGACCAGAGGCACAAGGUAUAGAAUCUUCUGAAUCGAUCCCUGGGCAGCAUUUGGGACAUAUAAAACCUGUGGAGAAGGUCACAGCGUCAAAGCAGGAAGAGUUAACGCCAGGGCCACAUUUGGGAUAUGUGAAAUCUAUGGAGUUAAGGUCAAAGUCAGAGCGGGGAAAAGUCAAAGCUAUACUGUUAACCCCAGGGAAACAAGCAGGAGAUAAAGUACCUGAGGAGCUGCCCCGGGGCCCCAACUUGAAAGGUUUAAAAUCUGAGUUACUACCUUCAAGACCACAGUUAGAGAAUAGGAAAUCUGCAGUCUUAACUGUAGGACAAUGUCCAGAGAGGAUAAAAUCUACAGUGGUAUCCCCAUGUAGUUCCCAGUCAGAUGGUACAAAAACUGUGAAGUUGAUUCCAGGUUCAACAAUUCAAGACUUGAAGACUGUGGGGCUGGCCCGUGAUACACAUGUUCAAGAUGCAAAUGCCAUGGGUUUGAAACUUGAACCAAAGCAAGAAGAGAGUCCUGUGACUUUUGUACCAGGGAUGCAGUUUCAAGAUGAGUUUAUGGAGGUGUUGCAGGUGCCUCAACUACAAGGUAUAAAACCUAAGGAACUGACUGCACAGUCACAAAUGCGGGGUAGGAAACAUGUGAUUAUCUCAUGUUUGAAGCCACAAAGUCUAAAACCUGUGAAUAUAGCCAAAACACAAGGAAUCCCAGGAGUAAAACUUGUGAAUUUAGUCUCAACACAACCGUGUCGAGGGAUGGCGCCUACAGAUUUAACUCUCAAGCCUGGACAGGAUGACCAGAUAACUGUAAGAUCACCCGAGUGGAAAGGUAGGGUUUUAGACCAGCUGAGCAAACAUUUUGAGUCAGAAAAUGUGUUGUCCAUGAAGUCAGGUCAAGAAGCCAAACCUGCAGAUAAAAAACCCAAAGAGAUCAAAUUUAAAGUACAAUUUAAAGAUACACCAUCAUUUGAAUCGACUCCUAAACCAGUUGUUCACAGUGUAAAACCUGAAGAGGCCCAAAAUGAACCCCAGGUGCCAAGUAUGAAACCAUGCCAGGUGACUCCAGGGCCACAGGAGCACCAGGUGAAAGUCUCAGAGCCAAUGUUAGAGCCACCAUUUCAAGAUGUGAAAACUAUGGUGUUCACAGAGCCACACACGGGAAGUACAAAAUCCGUCCGAUGGAUACCAAUAUCUGAAAGUUCCACACCUACAGAAUUGAAGCCGUCUACAAAAUGGAGGGGUGUGAGGCCCUCUGAAUUGACUGUCAGGUCUAAAAUAAUUCAAGAAGAAAAAUCUGUAGGGUUGCAUCUUGAGCCACAGUCACAGCAAGUAAAAACCUCUCCGUUAGCACUAGGGCUUCAGAAAACAAAAACUUUGAACUUAACAUCAGAGCCACAACCUCAAGGAAUCAAAACUGUGGAUCAAAACAAAGAUCCACCGGUUGGAAGUCUAAGAUCUGUUCAGUGGAUACCAGGACCUGAGUUCCACAGCGUGAAGUGUUUAGGGAAAAAUUAUGGGUCACAAUCCCAGAAACCAUCCAUACAGUUGGGAGGUCUGAAAUCAUCAGAGACGACUGUAAGGCCCAAAGUACAGCUCAUAAAAACCCCUGAGGCAUCCCCAAAACCAGAGUUACAAGAAGGGGAAUCUUUCGUAGUGGAGUCAAGGUCCCCAAAUGGGGAGUCUGUGGAGUUAAACUUGGGCCCUCAGUUACAAGAUGAGAAAUCUUCUACGUCAAUUCUGGGGAUAAAGCAGGAAGAUGCAAGAUCUACAGAGGUCAGUUCUAGCCCACGCUUGCAGGGUAUGAGGUCUUCUGAAGUGUUUUCAGAGGACAUGCUUCAAGGAGAGAAACCCAAGGGCUUUGUGGCCCAGUCACUGUGGCAGGAUGUAAAAUCUCUUAGGCGGACUUUCGGCAAGGCACUUGACAGGAAGCUUUUGCAGCUGAAAAUCCCUCAGUUCCAGGAUGGGAAAGGAUCCGUGUUAACCCCAGAAUUACAUCUUCAAGGUAUGGAACCUGAGGCAGUCAAGCCUGGAUCGAAGUUGAAAGGCAUGCAACCCGAGCCUACAAAUGUCCAAGCAGUGAAGGAUAUGGGGAUCAAUCAUGGUGCAGAAUCGCAGGUUGUGGGAUUUGCUGAGCAGGACUUGGACUCCACAAUUUAUAGUCAAAAGCAACAGCUUCAAAGUAUAAAACCGGUAGUCUUCAGUCACGGGCCACAUUUGCAACAUAUCCAGUCAUCAGAAGUAUGUACAAAGCUUCCAGAUCUGAAAUCUGUGGAAUUCAACUCAGAGCAACAGGUGCGAGAGAGAAAAGCUCCUGAUGUGUGCACAGAGUCCAAGCUGUCAGAUGAGUUAUUUUUGGAAUUUAAGUCUCGAUUCUGUGACUUGAGUCCAGGAUGUAAAAAUAUGACAUCCAACACAGGAACACAAAAUGUAGAAUCGCCUAAGUUGCACCCUGAUCUAGACCUUCAAGGCAUAAAAUCUAAGGAAUUCUGCCUUGGAUCACAUUUGGAAGAUGUGAAUUCUGCAUGUACUCCCGAUGCAAAUUCUCAGUAUACAAAUUCCAGUGAAUAUAAACCUGGGUCAUAUUUGCAAAAUGCAAAUUUCUCUGCACACAUUCCAGAGCCAGACCCUUGGCGUAUAAAUACUAUGUGCAACCCUGGGCCACAUUUUAAUGGAAUGAAUUCCCUUUUAGGACCAAAAUUGCAAUGUGUAGAUUCUACUGUGUGCAAUCAUGAGCCAAAUUUGCAAGAUGUAAAUUCUUCUGCAUGCACUUCAGUGUCAAGUCCUCCGUGUGUGAAUUCUUCCAUAUGCACCCCAGGACCAAGUCCUCUGUGUGUGAAUUCUUCUGUAUGCACUCCAGGACCAAGUCCUCCGUGUGUGAAUUCUUCCGGAUGCACCCCGGAGCCAAGUCCUCCAUGUGUGAAUUCUUCCAUAUGCACCCCAGGACCAAGUCCUCCGUGUGUGAAUUCUUCCGAAUGCACCCCGGAGCCAAGUCCUCCGUGUGUGAAUUCUUCCAGAUGCACCCCGAAGCCAAGUCCUCCGUGUGUGAAUUCUUCCGUAUGCACCCCAGAGCCAGGUCCUCCGUGUGUCAAUUCUUCUGUAUGCACCCCAGGACCAAGUCCUCCGUGGGUGAAUUCUUCCGGAUGCACCUGGGAGCCAAGUCCUCCAUGUAUGAAUUCCACUGAGUGCAAUUCUAAAGUACAUUUUCAAGGUGUGAAUUCUGCAUGCAUUCCAAGCCAAAACCCUCAGUGUGAACAUUCUAAUAGGAAUAAUCUUGGGCCACUUCUUCAAGGAAUGCAUUCUGAUACAUUUCCAGCACCACAAAAUAUGUGUGUAAAUUGUGUUUGGUGCAGUGUCCAAACACAUUUGCAAAAUGUGAAUUCUUCUGCAUGUACUCGAAGACAAGAAUCACAGUCUGCAAAUUCUAUGGGAUACAACCCUGGGCCACAUUUAGAAGCUCCUAAACUUCAAGGUAUGAAGUUUCCUGAGUUGAACCCAGGGACAGGAAUUCAAAGAGAGAUGCCUAUAACAGUUAACCCAGGACAGCACUUGCAAGAUUUAAGGCUUGAAUUAACUCCAGGGUCAAAUAUUACAGGUAUAGCACCUGCAGAAUACAACCCUGGGCCACAGGAACAAUGUGUGAAUUUUUCUGAAUUGAAUCCAGGAUUAGAAUUACAACGCAUAAAUUUAGCGAAGCUUGGUUCAGGGCCACAGUUGCAAAACAUAAAGUCCUUUGCAUCGACCUCUGGAUCAGAAUCGCAGUGUACAAGAUCUGUUCUAUUGAGCCCUGGACCCCCUUUUCAAAGUGUGAAGCCAUCUAACUUAUUGGUAGGGGCAAAGUUUCAAGAGAUCCCAUUUUUGAAGAAGCAAUUUGGGUCACGGCAGCAAACUGCACAACCCAUGUUGACUCCGAAGCCUCAGUCAACUGGUGUGGACUCUGUGGAAGUUUUACCAACACCACUGCCUGAAGAUAAAAUGUUUCCAGAGAUGAGCAAACAGCCAUUGCUUUGUACAAACUCUGUAAACCUGACACCUGGCUAUGGUCUGCAGGACUUCAGAAGUAAGGAAUUUUCACCAGGACCUUGCUUUCAAACAGUUAUGUGUUUGAAGCCAGGGUCACAGUCUCAGAGCGGGAACUCUUCAGAGUUCGCUCCAUGCCACGGGUCUCAAUGUGCUCAGUCUUUCUUUGCCCCAAAGCCAUGUCUUCAAGAUCUAAAACCCAUGGAGCUGAGGCUUGGAUCCCAACAUCAAAGUAUGAAUUGCCAACAGAUUGCUUUAGAUGAAACGCCAAUGGUAGUAACACAGGAGUCCACGAGGAAGUCCUUGGCAGGACCAGCACUGACAAGUGUCAAAUUUUCAAAUUUAAUUCCAGAGUCGCAGUCGCAAUGUAUGAAAUUUAAGGCUUUGACUUCAGAGCUGAGGGGGCAAAGUGUAAAACAUGUGAAAUUAUCAUCAGUGUCCCUGCCACGAAGUGGAAACUCUGUGGGCUUAUCACCAAGUCCAUUCCUUCAAAAUGUGACAUUUGGGAACCAAAUUCCCCAAACAAAUGAUCAAAUCACAGAACCCUCUAAGGUGACGUGCAGACCAGUACACCACCUGGUGGACUAUGCAGAGAUGAACACGAAGAUCAGGUACCAAGCCCCUAAAUUGGAAAAUUAUAUUCCGCUGCCUGUUUAUCAAGAAGAUGCGGGAUCUUCAGAAACGACGAAAGGGUUUAGACACAAAAGCACAGAAACAACAGAGAAAUCUAUGAGGUUGUUCCACAAGCCAACGGAUACAGUCACAGAAUCAUUGGGGAUGCCGCAGCAGCCAGAGCUUCAAGUGCCAGGAUUUGUUGAUCUGACUCCAACACUAAGUGAUCAAGAUUCAAACGCCUCAGAACUGACCCCACAGAAAAACUACCAGAGCCUAGAAACCCUGGAGAUGAUUUCUUGUUCGUGGCCUCAAGUGAAAGAUUUCAAGCAGUCACAGACCCAACCAGCCACAGGAUCUAAGAGAAUGACCCUCGACCUCAAGAAUCAUGCCACAGAAAUGACGGUGCUAACUCGUAAGGUAAGACAGCAAGGGAAAGAAUUUCUUAGAGUGACUUCAACACCAGUAAACAGAGAGACUGAAUGUGUCGAAAAAUCUCCAUGGCCAUAUCCUCAAGACUUAGGACCUGUGAUGGGGAGCUCCGAGAAAAGAUCCCCAAGGGAACAAUCUGUAGCCUCGUCACCAAGGCCAUUCUAUCAUGUUCCGGAUUCUGCUCCAGGAAUAACACCAGGACCUCAGAUUCCCGAAUCUGUAGGUUUGACCUCUAAGCCAUGGCUGCAAAGGGAAGAAUUCUUAGAGUUGGCCACCCAGCCAACCAAUCAAGUUGUGGGAAAUACAGCCUCUGUAGAGCUCACGUUUGAGGAAUGUCAGACAGAAGAGGUAGGAAUUGGUCUAACAGUGCCCCAGAAGGCAAGCAUUGAAAAAGCGAACGUCACUCCAAUAGAAUCACUGGAUCAGAUUAUAAACUUCGUAACGGUGAGUCCAAAGCCACUCGAUCAAAUGACAGAACCUGCAAAGACACAGCUUCAAGUUCCUCAAGUCUCUGAAUCUCUGACAGUGAUUCCUGGACCACCACUUCAAGUUAUAGAGUCAGUGAUGAUACCGGAGCCGACCUCUCAAGGGUCAAAAUAUGUUGAUUUGACUCCCAAACUGCAUGAUAGGAUAGUUGCAGAGUUUGCUCCAAGACUUUGGCUACAAAAUGUGCAAUCUAAGAAAUUAAUCGCAGAGCCAACACAUCAUAUUUUAGAAACGAUAGAAUUAUCAGGCUUUCAAGUGAUAAAGACGAUAUUGCUUCCCAAGCCCCUGCUUCUGAUUGUGAAAUCCGAAGAGUUGGCACCAGGACCCAGUCCUCAGGCUGUCGAACCAAUAGGAGUUGCCACAAGAUCAAGAACUCAAGUAAAGGAUCCUUUGAAUUUACUCCCAAGACCACAUCUUCAAGACAAGAUAAAACCUAUAGAACGAACUCGAAGGGCAAAUAUUCAAGAGACUUUUCCAGAAUUAAUCGUACAGCAAACAUCUCCACUUGAGGAACCUCCAGUAUUAACUCAUAAGCAAAGGCUUCAGGCUGGAAAAUCUGUAGGAAUCAAAAGAGAAUCUCCUAAAGUACUGGAAAUGGAUCUGAAUCAAGGACGGGCAUGUCAGAACAGAGCUUCGGAAAUGAUAACAUCAGAAAAGUUACAAGCAGAGAAUUACUUCUCUAGGUUCAUAAGCAGCCCUCCGAUACCAUUUAUUUCAAGCUCUGUCAAAACAAGCAAAUUAGGGCCCCUUCAGGGUUCUGGAAGGCCGGAAGUGUCAAGAGCCCAGACUAUGAAGAACUCUAAUGCUGGCAUUUUGCAGUCUCCAGAGUCCUAUACAGAAACUAUUAGGAUGCGGUCACUAGCUCUUCCCUUGGUCCUUCCCUCUGGUAAAACAGGGGACUCUGUGGGAUCCCUAUAUCCCGAGAUCUGGGAUAUGGAUGUCAUAACUAAGGAAUCAACCGAAAAGAAGCAAAUGGAAGAAUUUGGGAAUUUACUGCAGAGCUAUGCUCCUUAUCCACUGAGAUUACUACCCUCGGAGUUUCAGGCAGGAUUAGGAGCUCGAAGAAACUCUAUCCGUUCUUUCCUGGGCAGACAACUGAACAUCUGGGAAAGCCAUGUCUGUAGGCAGCGACUACCCAGGAAGUACCUCUCCAAUAUGCUGAUGCUGGGGAAUGUUCUGGGAACCACUAUGGAAAGGAAGCUUUGUUCUCAACCGUUUUUAACAGAAGGAGCCACUAUGGAUAUCUGCCGAUCGAUUCAGAAUUUAUUUGGGGUUCCAGCUGAACUGAUGGAAUUUUCCCAGAGCCUACUAGAGAGGGGCCCAAGGACGAUUUCACAGACGUCAGUGGUCAAAAGCUAUAUUCAGAGACAUAUCUUAGGCCAUGGUCACGAGAAAAGAAUGCCCUUAAAGAUGUGGACACGCGGAUCCACAUCCUCCAUAAUACAGCAGUACUCUGGUACUAGAUUGGGACUAAAGAAAACAAACUCAAAACUCAGUGAUAUAUUCCAGGAAGUCACUCAGCACGUGCCUGUCUCAUGUACAGGGGCCCAGUUUCCUGCCUUAGGGAAGCCAGAGUCUCCUCUCGGGAUACUUUACAAUAGGGAAGAUCCUGUUUCCAGGGAGCCGAGUAAAACCUCCCAGAGCGAUUCACAGACAGGAACUUUUGAGUCUCACCGCUCAAAGUCAAGUUAUUUUUCCCAGACCAAGACCGAUCACUCAGAACAGCUCAAUCUACUUAAAGAUCUACAGCUAAAGAUAGCAGCAAAACUCUUACGCAGUCAAAUACCCCACAACGUCCCUCCACCCCCAGAGUCAGGUCUUGUCCUGAAAUACCCCAUCUGCUUGCAGUGCGGCCAAUGUUCAGGAUUUAGGUGCGGUCAUGAGUUACAGUCUGGUUUUGGGUCUUACCUUCUCGUCUACCCACAGAUCCACCUUAUAAGAAACCCUGAAGGCCAUGGUGAGACUCGAUUGCAUCUUGGUUUUAGGUUGCGCAUUAGGAAAAGACCUCACAUCUCAAAGUAUCGUGGGAGAAACAGAGCGGACACAUCGAAGAACCCUUCCUCAUCGCACAGGGAAGCUAAAAUCUAUACUCCAGAUUCCAAGAGUCCAACUUCUACAAGAGAUUUCCAGCCCAGAUCUUCCCAGUCUCCGGCUUCUGUACCAGUUCACAGGAGGCAAAAGCAAUGGGGCAGCUGUGGCGUGGCAGGGAAGACAGAAGCCAAAGACUCUGGGCAUUAUGAAUUCUGUGAGGUUCUCUCCACGUCAGAGAGUGGCUCUGAAAGUAACCGGCAUGAAAAAUGGGCUAAGUCAAGACGCAGAAAGACCUCAGAAUUAAAUUUUCUAAUGAAAAAAAUCACCAAGGAACUUAAAACACAAAACAUAAAGCUCUACAAAAACAGUAGACCCACAGAAGAGUGUCCUUCUGGAACGCUGACAGAUCCAUCAAGAAGGAAGAGUAUCAAAACCGCUCAAACCAGCACUGUUUCUUCAAAGAGACAACCAAAGAAAUCCUCCCAGCCCAGGUUCAUCCAGCUGCUUUUUCAGCGCCUAAAGCAGGCAUUCCAAAGAGUUAUGGCUCUCACUGCACAGAAGCCUGAGGACAGGGCUAGUCCAGACAAUUUGUGGUCAAGCAAAAACUUGUACCCCAAAGAAAAAGAUGAGGAUGAUUGUUUAACAGGAGAUGGCAGAGGGGCCAGCACACCUGUUAUCAAGCAAAGGUUCAUGGGUUCCACCCCUAAGAAAGAAGACAGGUUGCAGAAAACAUGUGACCAAGCUCAACAAUCAAAACAAGUGAGCUCUCUCCAACGCCACAGUCCUCAGACAAAGCCUACGAGUCCCUCUGACAGAACCCUCAGAAGCCUCUCGGAGAGGAGAUGUCGCAGUCCCUCCCAGAGGAAGGAUCGCAGUCCCUCUAGAAGAACCCCUCAGAGUAUCUCUGACAGGAGCCUGCCCAGGCUCUCUAAGGGGAGAGGUCGCAGUCCCGCAGGGAGGAGCCAACCCAGCCCUUCUGGGAGAAGGCCUCGCAGUUCCUCAGGGAGGAGCCCUCGUGAGAGAAGGGGACAAAAUUCCUCCCCCAAGGGUCAGCUCGGUCUUUAUGGGAGGAACCAACACAGUCCCCCUUUUCAGAGAUGCCGCAGCCCCUCAAAAAGGAGCCAUCUCAGUCCCAUUCGGAGAACAUGGGCCAGUUCUUCAGAACGGAGCCAUAGUACUCUCUCUGAGAGACCCCCUUCCAGACGCUCUGGCAGGACAAGGCAUAGCUCUUCUGGAAGAGGCUACCGCAGUCCCUCUGAGUCCAGGCUCCACAGGCCUUCCGGACUCCACCGCAGCCAUUCUCAGAGAACUCACUACAGCCCCUCUGACAGCAGUCGCGGUCAUUCUGAAAGGAGCCGACGCUUAGAGCGGAACCAGGAAGGUCACCAUGCGAGACCCCAUCACAGCCCCAAGGGGAAGCUCCGGCACAGUUCCCCUAAGGAGAGACCCAGACAUUCAACUCUCCAAGGGACCACACCCGAAACAUAUGUCUGGUAUAUGGGAUGCUGGGGAUCAAAGUCGGGCGGCAUGCUUGUUAGGCAAGCCCCAGCCCUCUAAAAUUAAAAUGGU